GCUGCUGUAAAAGCGACAUUUGUGAUUUCUUUCCACUUCCUCGUCGUCUUUGUGCUCGUUUUUUGGAGCUGCUUGAUGGGGCAGCCACGGUUGUAGCUGAGCUCACUGCGUGGUUUCCGGUGUUCGUUUGUCUGCAGAAGGAUGGCGUCGAGUUCCUACCGCAUCCCUUCUACCGCCGGUCCUCCGACACCUACUUACACCGAACCUUCCCGGCUCCGUUCAGAAGACAGCAGUGAGAAACCUCAAUAAGCGACCCGGGUCUUCAUGUUUAUUUCUAAGAACGUGUGUAACCAACAGAGAGCCCACCUUCCUGAUACUGUGUCAUAAACACCAAUCUGCUCUGUGUGUCAUUUCAAAACUCACCUCCUAAGUUCUGAAUAUUCAAGUGCAAGAAUGACGGAGGCGUGGCAGCAACAGCAGCAGCAGCAGCACACAGUAGCUCCACCUUCUGUAGUGCACACCCUUCCCCAGACAACGGACGCGCUGGCCUGCACCGUGUACGGCGUUGUCCUACAACCGGAUUCUUCUCUGCAACAGCAGCAACAGCUGGGCCAGCAGCAGCAUGUUGUGCAAGCACAGCAGCCCUCCAUGCAGCUAGGUGGCGAAAGAGUGCAUAAGUGUGGCGCCUGCGGACACGACAUCUCUCACCUGGCCAACCCCCACGAGCAUCAAUGCAUGGUGACCCAAGACAGGUCUUUCCAGUGCACACAGUGCAUGAAGAUCUUCAGCCAAGCCACGGACCUGCUGGAGCAUCAGUGCGUGCAGGUGGAACAGAAGCCUUUUGUUUGCGGCGUGUGUAAGAUGGGCUUUUCCUUGCUCACUUCUUUGGCCCAGCAUCACAACUCCCACGGCAAUGGAAACAACCCAAUGAAGUGCUCCAUUUGCGAGAAAACGUACCGUCCCGGAUCCGGAAACGUCACUCCCACCUCGUCGGCGGCCAAUCCGCAGCAGCCCUCCACCGGAGAGACAUCUGGUGGCGGUGCGGCAAUCAAUGCCUCAUCCCCACCAGCUUUUGAGGCCUCUGCCCCCGAUAGGCCGUACAAGUGCUCAGUGUGCCAUAAGUCCUUCCGGCAUUUGUCCGAGCUCACCCGCCACGAGAGGGUCCACACAGGUGAGAAGCCGUACAAAUGCGAUACAUGCGAUAAAAGCUUCAGCCAGUCUUCGCAUUUGGCUCACCACCAGCGCACACACAGCUCCGAGCGGCCAUACAAGUGCGCUGUGUGCGAGAAGAGCUUUAAGCACCGCUCUCACCUUGUGCGCCACAUGUACGCCCAUUCGGGCGAGCACCUUUUCAAGUGCAACCUGUGCGAGAUGCACUUUAAGGAGUCGUCGGAGCUCCUGCACCAUCAAUGCCAGCCGGAAGGAGAAAGGCCUUUCCGAUGCGGCUCGUGUGGAAAGAGCUUCAAGCGGCCGUCGGACCUGCGGCAGCACGAGCGCACUCAUUCCGAGGAGCGGCCCUUUCAGUGCGAGGAAUGCCAGAUGAGCUUCAAGCAACAGUACGCUCUCGUACGCCACCGGCGCACCCACAAGAAUCCGGCCGACCGCCCUUUCAAGUGUAACCUUUGUGAUAAAGGCUUCCUGCAGCCCUCCCACCUGCUUUACCAUCAGCAGGUGCAUGGCAUGGAAAGCUUGUUUAAGUGCGCAACUUGCCAGAAGUCCUUUAGCCAAUCCGGAGAGCUGUUGAGGCACAAAUGUGGAGGGGAAGUUGAGAAGCCCUACAAGUGUGACGUGUGCGGCAAAGGUUACAAAAAGAACUCCACGCUGCAACGCCACCAAAACACUCACUGCGCAGAGAAGCCGCUGAAAUGCUCUCUGUGUGAUAAGCGCUUUGUGUCAUCCUCAGAGUUUGUCCAGCACCGCUGCGACCCGACCCGCGAGAAACCGCUGAAAUGUCCCGACUGUGAGAAACGCUUCAGGUACUCGUCCGAGUUGCAGCGCCACCGUCGCGUCCACACAGGAGAGAAACCUUUCAAGUGCGCCAGCUGUGACAAGAGCUUCAAGCAACGCGAGCACUUGGCCAAGCAUCAGAGCGUGCACUCGCGGGAGACGCAGUUUAAAUGCGUGUGGUGCGGCGAGCGCUUUGUCGACCUCGCCGCUCUGCAGGAACACACGGUCCAACACACCGCCGAAGGCGAGAGCUUCCCCGAAGCGCCCUGUAUACCGUGAUUCAGCAGCCCCCGGACGGCAAAUAGAGCAACAAUAGAGCAACAUGUCGUCGCCGCCUCCGCGUUCAAACUUGGUUGUUUCAAACACGCGCCCGUUAACGAAGAUUCCUCAUGUCUUGUACAGCGUCCAUCGUGUGAAGACUCCAUUACCCCUCCGUGACUAAAAGGUGAAACUCUGGGCCAGAGAAUGAUUCUUCAGCAACUGUUGUUGUAAAGAGCAAAAACAGGGGUUUGAUGUAAAAGGUGGAACGAUCGUGCUGAUCAGCCCUAAUGUUGCAUGUGAUGUGAUUGCAUUUGUUUUUUUACUGUUUACUCUUGCAAGCUGGACAGCAAGACUGCUGUCAAAUGUGCCCUCAUGUAUUUUACGCCCCAUGUCCUUGUGCCUUUUUUUCUUAACAGAUCUCGUUUUAUUGAGUUGAUGUUCAGUAAUAGCCGAGCGACUCCCUCCCAUCCACGCACAGUGUCCGCCCUGUGCAGCAGUCUGUUCACAUACUCGACCUUAGAUAGUAUCUUCUGUGCAUGAAUAUUUAUCACUCUUAAUCUCACUAUUGUAUUAUAGGUUUUUUAUUUAGAUAAAAAAAAAAACAAGAAAAAAGGUGAAUUUGUGAAGUGUAUAGCCCAAGUCCUAUUAAACGUGAUGUCGCAUCAAUGUAUUCAAACAAAUGACAUUUGGUAACUAAUAAAUACCUAUUAUGUCAUGAGAACACUUGACAUGUGCAAUAGAAAUGCACAAUGUAAUAUUUAUAACUACUGAUUCAUCGCAUAGUCUACCCUAUUAUUAUAGAUUGUGUGUAUGCGCUCACGUAAACAUUGAAAAAAAUGUGUAGUGCUUCUGUUACGUUUUAUUUUUACUAUUGAUAAGCUUGCUGAUAUUUUGCAAGGACUGAAGUUUCCAUUUGAAUUAUUAUGUUUAUUCUGAUGAACUAUCAUUAUAUUGUUCACGUGUAAGUAAUUCGCAAAUUACUCUGUGGUAGAUGAAAAUAAUCCUCCCAGGAUCCCUCAGCUAUACUUGAGUAUACUUGACUCCACACAGCCUCAAGCUGCAACGUGUUUUGUUCUGAGGAUAAAGUGGAAAAAAUGUAUGAAAGUUCACAAUUUGAUACUUCUAUAUUGUCAUUUUUCGCAGUAUAUUUGAAGAAGCAUUUGAGAAAUUGAGCUGACAUGGACGAAGGGACUGGCAGAGGGUGAUCAUGUCAUAAUUUGGUAAAUAAUUUUAAAAAGGUAUCAUUUAGACUCCUGUUCAUAGUGUACACAGAGAGAAAAAAAUAAACCACAUUGUGGAAUAUCAAAGUGUAUACAGA